GCAUCGUCAGGACAGCGCGUUGAGGUAGGCCUGACCUAAGUAACGCUUGCAUCUCUUCUUCUCUCCUGCUUGCUUCCUACCGUUCUUUCCGCUGAAGCGACGAGGAUUUCCCCGUUGUCAUGUCGAGCGAGAGAGCACGGGGAGAUAAAUGCGGCGGCAGCGGAGGAGGAGGAGCAGCAGCAGCGGAGAUGAAUCAAUAAAUCCAUCCGCCUAGAUUCCUGAUUCUAGAGAGGAAUUCCAUCCUCUCAGUCGAAGGAGAGGGACGGGGGGUGGCGGUAGAAAAAUACUACCGUCUCUCUCCGGUUCGUAGUUCUCCUCCACCGCCCCCAUCUUACAGAUCGUCGAUUACGAGAUAGAAUUACGAUUGUACUCUGGUAAUCUAUCAAGGAAGUGAGUGGGUUGAGCACAAAUGGAUACUCCAACACGGCCACCUCCUCCUCCCGGCUCCUCUGCAGCGGUUGCUUCUCCUAACACCCCGACACCUCGCCCUGAGCGGCGGCCUACACCCCCUGCGUUCUCCUCCCCAUUAUCAGCAAGAUUUUCGCCUCAGAUACCCCAGCAAGACCGGUUGCCUCUGUCAUCGUCACGGACGCCUGGCUCGCUGUCAUCAGGUGAAGGAGUUCAUCAUAGCAGUAGUCCAGUUCCUCAGUUCAGCACUCCUCCUGGCCCACCUAUCUUCUCCUCGCCCUUGCGGCCUGCAGCUGUGCCUUUCCAAGCUUCACCAGCAACUCCUCAGCCAGUAGCUUUCUCAUGGGGCUCAUCUUUGCCCACCUCUUCUUCACCUCCUUAUUCUAACGGAUCCAGUGAGCUGCCACUGCAUCACUCUGCUGAUGUUGAUGAGUAUACGCUCGAGUCCCCGUAUGUGCUUUUUUCUGCUCACAAGGUGUUGAAACGUAAAAAACUAGCAAAUGUGCCAAGCUUGGGAUUUGGAGCUUUGGUCUCCCCUGGAAGAGAAAUUGCACCUGGUCCUGAGGUUGUACACCAUGAACCUCACCGGUGCCAAACUUGUGGAGCUUAUUCAAACCUUUACUGUGAAAUUUUGGUUGGAUCCGGACAGUGGCAAUGUGUAAUUUGUAAGAAUUUGAACAGCAGUGAUGGGGAAUAUAUAGCUUCCAGUAAGGAAGACCUUCGGCACUGGCCUGAGCUCUCUUCCUCAGCUAUUGACUAUGUUCAGAAUGGAAAUAGGCCAGGGUUUGUUCCAGUUUCUGACACAAGAAUUACUGCACCUAUAUUUCUUGUCAUUGAUGAAUGCUUGGAUGAAGCACACCUCCAGCAUCUGCAAGGUUCUUUGCAUGCUUUUGCGGAUUCUCUUCCCCCUACUAUGAGACUUGGUAUCAUUACGUAUGGACGAAGCGUGUCAGUAUUUGAUUUUUCAGAGGGAUCAGUGGCAUCGGCUGACGUACUACCAGGUGACAAGUCACCCAGCCAAGAAUCUCUAAAAGCUCUGUUAUAUGGCACCGGCAUCUAUUUGUCGCCUGUACAUGCUUCACUUCCUGUGGUGCACACGAUAUUUUCAUCUCUAAGACCAUACAAACUCAACUUGCCUGAAGCAUCUCGAGACCGAUGCCUUGGUACAGCAGUGGAGGUUGCUCUAGCAAUAAUUCAAGGACCAUCUGCUGAUAGGACACGUGGAAUUAUCAAAAGAUCAGGAGGCAACUGCAGAGUCUUGGUGUGUUCUGGUGGUCCCAAUACUUAUGGACCUGGAUCGGUUCCACAUUCAUUUUCUCAUCCGAAUUAUGCAUACAUGGAGAAGACAGCUAUGAAAUGGAUGGAUCAUCUUGGUCAAGAGGCACUUCGGCAUAACACUACGGUGGAUAUUCUUUGUGCUGGAACUUGUCCAGUGAGAAUUCCCAUUCUGCAGCCUCUAGCAAAAAGCUCUGGUGGCGUGCUGAUACUUCAUGAUGACUUUGGAGAGGCAUUUGGUGUUAAUUUGCAAAGAGCAUCUUCCAGGGCAGCUGGUUCCCACGGUUUGUUUGAGAUUCGCUGUUCUGAUGAUAUUCUUGUGACUCAAGUUAUUGGGCCAGGAGAAGAGGCAGCAGUUGAUUCUCAUGAAACAUUUAAAAGAGACUCAUCUUUUUGCAUUCAGAUGCAUAGCGUUGAAGAAACACAGAGCUUUGCGCUGUCUAUGGAAACUAAAGGUGAUAUUAAGAAUGACUAUGUUUAUUUCCAGUUUGCAGUUCGUUAUUCGAAUAUUUAUCACACAGACAUUUCUAGAGUGAUUACUGUGAGGUUACCUACCGUGGAUAGUGUGUCCAUGUAUCUCCGGAGCAUACAAGAAAAUGCUGCUGCAGUUCUUAUUGCUAAGAGGACUCUCUUGCAUGCAAAAACUUUUUCUGAUGCUAUAGAUAUGAGACUUACAGUAGAUGAGAGAGUUAAGGACAUCUCUGUAAAGUAUGGUUCUCAACUACCCAAAUCUAGGCUUUAUCGGUUUCCUCAGGAGUUAUCAACUCUGCCUGAAAGCUUAUUUCAUCUGAGAAGGGGACCACUAUUAGGAAAUAUUGUUGGUCAUGAGGAUGAAAGAUCUGUCUUAAGAAAUUUGUUUCUGAAUGCAUCAUUUGAUUUGUCUCUUCGGAUGCUGGCCCCACGUUGUCUAAUGCAUCGAGAUGGAGGUACUUUUGAGGAGCUACCAGCAUAUGACCUUGCCAUGCAGUCAAAUGUGGCUGUGGUGCUUGACCAUGGAACAGAGAUAUUCAUAUGGUUGGGUGCUGAGCUUGCAGCUCAAGAAGGAAAAAGUGCAGCUGCCUUAGCAGCAUGCAGAACAUUGGCAGAGGAGCUGACUGAACACCGUUUUCCAGCUCCUCGGAUCCUUGCAUUCAAAGAGGGGAGCUCUCAGGCUCGUUAUUUUGUUUCUCGCUUGAUUCCAGCACACAAGGAUCCUCCUUAUGAGCAGGAGGCAAGAUUCCCGCAACUACGCACACUUACUCCAGAACAACGGACAAGGCUAAAAAGCAGUUUCCUCCAUUUUGAUGAUUACAGUUUUUGUGAGUGGAUGAGAAGCCUGAAACUGGUACCCCCGGAACCUAGCUAAAUCGUCAACGUUGUCAACAAUACGAGGCUUUAGAUGAUUCUUUCUGAUUCCACGGGGACUCCAUGGUCAUUCAAGUUGCUACAUCGGAUACCUUGAAACAUAAUGACUCCAGUUCCCAGGAAUAUUUUGAUGAUGAUAGUUGUUUUGACUUCCUGUUGGAACUGAAGACCAGGUUUCUGACAGAUUUUGCUAUAUAGUUCUUCUGACUGUUGCCUGUUGUUCCCAUAUAGAUUAAAAUUCUCCGAAGCUGUUUCAUAGGUGUGAGAUUUUAUAGUACGAUAAAUCUGCUUAUCUGAUUCAACAUUCAUGACAUUUUAGCUUCCGAAAUUUCUAAAAGCAAUAAGAUUUUCGAUUUUUGUCGGUGAA